AUGCUGCCUUCUGGAGUUCAUUCGCUUGACCUUCGGCUAUUCUUUGAACGAAUCUAUCCAAAUUCUGGUCUGCUGGUAUGUUCUAAUAUUCAAUCUAAAGGGAAAGGUCGAGGAGAGAAUAAGUGGAUUAGUCCUGUUGGACAAGCUGCAUUUACAUUCCAUUUAACAUUAUCCACUUCCAAUAGUCAAAUGUUUAUGAAUUGUGUGACUUGUGUACAACAUAUUGUAGCGUUGAGUAUAGUUUUGGCUUGUAGACAAUUAAUUGCUGAACAUUUAGAUAUCAUUUCAGGUGAUACUAAUUUUUGUGAUAUCAGUGAAGAAUUUCUUGUUGAUCUUCAAUAUCAUGGACCCAAAAUCCUUAUUAAAUGGCCAAAUGAUAUUUAUGUUGUCGAAAAUAUUAAUUGGUGUAAUAAUCAAGAUGUCAGUUCGACGCUUUUGCAACAAAAUAUUAUUGGAAAAUUGGCUGGUGUAUUAGUUCGUUGUCGUUUAGUUGAUUCAAAUCACGUGGAAUUAUUGAUUGGCUGUGGCAUUAAUGCAUUCAAUGAACUACCUACGAUAUGUUUAGAACGUGUAUUGAUCGAAUCUCAUCCGUGUAAUAAGAGACCAACAUUUUCAAUUGCCAAGUUAAUUUCACUUGUAGUAAGUUACAUUGAAAGAAUAAUCACGAGGAUCUAUAAUCCGAAUUCAAAUUAUGAUCUUGGAUGGGUGCUUCACUUAUACACGAAAUGCUGGAUUCAUACUAAUCAAAAAGUUCAACUUUACGUCAAUCCAACGUUGAGUGAAAAUAACCCUGGUGUAAUCGAUCAACAGCAUUCAACUGAUACGAAUACCUACCGCAUAGUUGGUUUAGAUAAUUAUGGUUAUCUAUUAGUAGAAGAUAUAUGUACUGGAAUUCGACAUAAGUUACAUCCAGAUGGCAAUUCAAUGGAUAUGAUGCGUGGUCUAAUUAUUACUAAAUAA